AUGAGAUGCUUCUCCUUUGUUCUCUUGACCAUCUUCUUCCUGCAGCAGGGAGGGGAGGCGAAUGCCGCGGGGCAAGCACACAGCCUGCCUCCACAGAGCAUGGUAACAGGCACGAAGCCAACACCGGCGAAUCCGGAGAAGUGCUGUCCACACCCGCUGGGUCUUCAGCCAUUGGCCACCGAAGAGGACCUUGCGCGGCUGCUGCUGGCAUUCUUCAACUGGGCGGCAGAAGACCUGCCAAGACUUCAAAGCUUCACCCUUUCGGUGUCUUCUGCAAAAGCAGAGCGCCGUGCGGGGCCUUUCAAGCCUUUGAUUCUGGCUGUGCCCUUCGCACCUGGGGAGAAUGCUGCUCGCUGCCUACGUGCGGAUGUUUGGGAAAUGCUCAUCCGGCGCGAGCUGCAGCGAGCAAGCCGCUUCAUGAAGCAAAUUGUCAGCCAAAAUGGACCCGAUCGGAGAGAUGCUUGGCUGUCAGGCAGGAUACAGCACAGAGUGCGAACUACUUCUUUAGCCGAGAGUUGCGGGUUUAUGUUGUCUUGUAGCAGAAGACACUAUGACUAUGGUAGACUGCGAAGGAAGCCUAGAGCACUUAGAACAGAUGCAAAACGACCAUGUAUUCCAUCAAUUGCGCCCGGAACGCACCCUAAAAUCCCCGCAUCCGAGCUCCCUGGUCGCCCUUCUGCCAUGGACCUGAGGAAACGGUGCGAUUGCUUUUUGCCCCCGCUGGGGAGGACCAGGAGAACGCACUCCCAGAAUCCGAGGAGCUCAGGGAAGAUGCUUUAG